UGCAUGAGCGGACUGAUGGGGCGAGUGGCGUAGUCUUCUGAAGCAGCAUACUUGGAAUAAGCUAUCGUCCAGUUUUCAAGAAAAUCGUUUGAUUUGAACCCGUUUUUUGGAAACCUGAAAUAUCAACUGCCUGAGCACAGGGCAUUCAACAAUGGCGUCGGACAUGCGCGCGAUCCAGCCGGAGUCCUUGUACAAGCUGUACCUGGAGUGUCAGGAACGGCCAGACGGGCGGCGCCUGGAUGAGGCGCGGCCAACGGUGCUGAACCGCGGCGGCGUCGGCACAGCCGACGGCUCGGCGUACUGCCGGGCCGGUCACACGGCCGUGCUGUGUGGUAUCAAGGCCGAGGUGUGCGUGCCGGCCGUGGACGCGCCGCAGGACGCCGGCUGGGUGGUGCCCACCCUGGAGCUGCCGGCGCUCUGCCACCACCGGUUCCGACCGGGGCCGCCGGCCGAGGCGGCGCAGACGGCCAGCAGCCAGCUGCUGCAGCUGCUCGACAACUCGGUCGCGCUCGACCGGCGGCGGCUGUGCAUCGAGCCCGGUCGCGCCGUCUGGGUGCUCUACUGUGACCUGGUGUGCCUCAGUCACGACGGAAACGUGCUGGACGUGGCGCUGAUGGCGCUGUCCGCGGCGCUGGCCGACCUGCGGCUGCCGCGCGCCUGGUGGGACGCGCCGGCCGAGCGGCUGCGCGUGGCACCCGCCGAGCGGGCGCCGCUGCCGCUCGGCCCGCUGCCGCUGGCCGCCACGCUGGCUCUGUUCGAUGGUGACACGCUGGUGCUGGACCCGGCCGGCGAGGAGGCGGGCGGACACGCGCUCUCCGAGCAGGCCAUGGACCAGUGCAUCGCGCUCAGCAAGCGACGCACCCUCGAGCUGAAGAAACUGCUGGACGUGUCGGCUGAUGCGGCCGCGGAGGGCGGGGUCGUCGACUAA